CUACUCAAUUAAUGCAAAAUAUAUUAACUGCAGAAAGUUUUAAAGAAAUCCAAUUGAUAUUAAAUGAAAUAUCAUUAAUUGACAAAGCUGGAAUUGAGGAUUGGUUACAGUUUUAUAAUCAACUGUGGGUUCUUGCAAGUCUAAGCCAACAUUGUUCUAAAGUUAAUUCUGAAAUUUGGUAUAUUGUUGGGAAAGAAUUAAGUUUAAUGAAUACAAUUGAGAAGGCACAAAAACUUGAUAUGCGAAAAUAUAUAAACUGUGAAAUACAAGAUAAAUACGGGGUUGCAAAAACUGGACAAAAUAAUGAACCAAUAUCUCAUGCAUUACAAUCAGUCAAAUGA